CAGGAAGGCAAGUUUCUCUGAGAUCCUGUGCAGCGAGAGAUGGUGAGUGAGAUCAAGCCGUUCAGCCCUCUGGUUCACAUCUCCCAGUUUGGCAAUCUCGCGUGGACGCUGCUCCUCGUCGGCGCCUUGCUCGCGGCCUGGUUCUUCAUGUAAGUGACACGCAGAGGCGCCCAGAGAUGAGCACACGCGAGACGGAAGAUCGAUCAGCAUGCUUGUCGUGUUUGUACGUGCCCUGCCUUCCCUUGUGUUGUGUGGUCAUUUCAGCUACGAGGUGACAACAGGCAAGUUCGAGCGCAGCCUGCUGAAAGAGCUGGUCAUCGCCCUGUUGUCGUCCGUCUUCCUCGGUCAGUCAGUCAGUCGGCAGACAGACACGGGCACACAGCAGGGAGCAGCCCAUCUCUGAAUGUCUGUCUGUCUGUGUGUAUGUGUGUAUGUGUGUGCAGGUAUCGGUGGCAUGUUCCUCUUGCUGUCCAUCGGUCUCUACUUCUGACUGGCCAACAGACCCACUACCUACAGUCAAGCAAAC